AUGAGCGGCCACUUCGACGAGGACGGCCGCGAGCGGGCCGAGAGGAAGGGCAGCAAGUCCCCCACGCUGCUCUCGUCCUACUGCAUCGACAGCAUUCUGGGCCGCCGCAGCCCCUGCAGGCUGCGACUCAUCGGCGCCCUGCCCGGCCGAGGGGAGCUCGACAAGGCGCCGGAGGGGUCGACCAAAGAGGGUUCUCUGAGCGCGGACGUGCACCUGCCGCCGAAGCUGCGCCGCCUGUACGGCCCCGGAGGCAAAUACCUCCAGGAGCAGGCGGACAAGCUGCACGAGCGCGAGCGCGAGCGCGAGCGCGAGCGGCUCCUCCUGGAAGGGGCCGCCGAGAGCCUCAAGAUCAUCCAGGCGCCGCAGGUGAGCAUCAGCCGCAGCAAGUCGUACCGGGAGAACGCGGCCCUGAGUCGGCCCGAGGGCGACCGCAGCCCAGGCGAGGGCUCGGAGGACGCCGGCGGCGGCGGCGGCGGCGGCGGCGGCGCGACGGCCCCGGUGGAACUCGGCGCGUUGAAGUUCGACGAGGACGCGGUGAAGACGGAGGAGGGCGGCUGCGGGAACGCGGCUGCUCGUCUGUCUCCCAAAGACGAGGAGAGGGAGAGCUUGCACGCCGGGGAUGGGGACGUGAGGGACGGGGAGGACAGCGUGUGUCUGUCGGCGGGCAGUGACUCGGAGGAGGGCAUGAUGAAGCGCAAGCAGAGACGAUACAGGACUACCUUCACCAGCUACCAGCUGGAGGAGCUGGAGAGGGCUUUCCAAAAGACGCACUACCCCGACGUCUUCACCAGGGAAGAGCUCGCCAUGCGUUUGGAUCUGACCGAAGCCCGAGUGCAAGUGUGGUUUCAGAACCGCAGGGCCAAGUGGAGGAAGCGUGAAAAGGCGGGCGUGCAGGGCCACCCAGCAGGCCUGCCCUUCCCGGGCCCUCUGGCGGCGGGCCACCCUCUCAGCCACUACCUGGAGGGAGGACCCUUCCCGCCUCACCCGCACCCCGCCCUCGAGUCGGCAUGGACGGCCGCCGCCGCCGCCGCCUUCCCCGGCCUCGUCCCGCCGCACCACAACGGGUCCGCGCCGGCCCUCGCCACCCCGCUCGGCUUGGGCACUUUCCUGGGCACGGCCGCCAUGUUUCGCCACCCGGCUUUCAUCGGGCCCACUUUUGGCAGGCUCUUCUCCAGUAUGGGUCCCCUGACCAGUGCUUCCACCGCCGCGGCGCUCCUGCGGCAGCCGGCCCCCCCCGUCGACAGCUCCCACGCGGGCCCCGUCCUCCCGGACCCGACCCCUUCUUCCAGCCCCGCAUCCUCGGCUGCAGCGGACCGCCGGGCCUCGAGUAUCGCCGCCCUGCGCCUCAAGGCCAAGGAACACUCGGCCCAGCUCACCCAGAUCAACAUCCUGCCCCCCGGCACGGCCGGGAAGGAGGUGUGUUGA